GGAGGUGCUGUCACCAACACAGACAAUAAGAUGCAGAUGUCACACAGAUCUGUGCAGUGGAUCGCUGUCAUGCUUCUCGUUCUCUUCACAUCUGGCCAGUGCCAACAGGAGAGCCGCCGAGCUGUGACUGAACACCAGCUCAUGCACAACCGUGGACAAAGCAUCCAGAGUCUCAAGAGACUCAUCUGGCUGUCCAGUGCCAUUGAGGGUCUCCACACCGCCCAGACCCGCUCCGCUGCUUUCAACCCCACUAAGAUCCUGAACUUGGAUCUGAAUCCAGCGCUAGUCCCUGCUGCUCGGACCCCUCAACCUGCACGGGUGCAGAACCUCCUCAGAGACUUCUUUAAUCCCUAUCUGACUCAACUGACAGACAGAGAACCCUAACAUUGACGCAGAGAAAUUGUAUCUGCUGAAAAAUAUUCAGCUAUAGACAUAUCCAAAGUUCUCAAAAAACUCUCUCAGUUUUUGUGUCAGA